UUACCUUUUUCCAACAUUCAUUUUCCUUCCCUAUUUCCGAUACCUUGCCUGCUAUUUCGGCGUCCGUUUACCCGAACGGUGUCGCUUUCCUACUUCCUACUUCCACCCUUAACCCUCUCUUCUUCUCCGAUUUCCUUCUCUCUUCUCAUCCGCCAUUGUUGUCUGCUCUUCACUUUUAUCCAUGCUUUCUGUCUAAUCUUACAAACGACAGUUAUUAGUGCUUCUCCUCAUUUUCGCGAGUUUCUGUAUAUUGGUGUUCGUGAUUUUCAAAGUGCCUGAAUUUGUUUUGGCGCUGCUUUUUAAGAUAGAUCGCGAUUUCUCUCUCCUCCGCUGAUCGAAGUCUCUCUUAAUUGUUUUUAUUAAAUUUCGAAUAGUUCAUCUUCUCAGCUGCUGAGAAAUGGCUGGGGAAACUGAUAAGAAUGUAGAAACUGUUGGUGAGAAAUCAGCUAUUGUUGCUGCCGGUGAAGAAAAACCCAAAGAUGAGAAGAAAUCAAAGGAAGGUUCAAAGAAGAAGGGGUUUUUCGCUUGGUUAUGGAAUGGGUUAUUCGGGUCUCGAAACAACAAUUUCGAGCAGAGACUGGAGCGAAUUUCUAAGGAGGAAAAGAUUGUUAUCAAUAGAAUGAGGAGGAGAGCACAGAGUUGGGGAAGUGCGAAGCGGAAUAUUAUUCUGUUUGCUAUACUUUUGGAGCUUGUUGCUGUGGGUUAUGCUAUCAUGACAGCAAGGAUUGCAGAGAACUGGAAGAUUCGAGCUUUUCGGGUUUUGCCAAUGUUUCUUUUGCCUGCUUUAUCCACUAUCAUAUAUUCAGGAAUAUCAAGCCUCGUAGCCAUGCGUGAGCGUAAAGAUCACAAAACUUUGGAAAAACUUCAGACUGAGAGGCAAUCGAAAAUUGAUGAACUUAAAGAGAGGACCAAUUUUUACCUAACACAACAGCUUAUUCAGCGGUAUGACACUGAUCCCGCAGCUAAAGCAGCAGCAGCAGCAGUCUUGGCAUCUAAAUACACUGAAGGCACAGGAUUGAAACUCUCUCUUAAUGAGGAGUCUGAAGUUGAUGCUGGAAAAAGCAGUGAUGUUGAACUAGUCCAAUCUCGUGGCCUUAGAAAUAGGAAACAGCCACAAGGAAGAGCAUCUAGCCCAGGAGGCACAAUGAUUCAGAAUUCCGCUGAAACAUCCCCACAAAUGGGCAGUGAAUAUGACCAGCAUAACCAACAGGUUUUUGUUGAUCAUUUUCAAGGUCAGGGAGCCACUGCAUAUAAUAGUGGAUGGUUGUCUCGAGUUGCAGCAUUACUUGUCGGUGAGGAUCCAACCCAAUGUUAUGCUCUUAUAUGUGGUAAUUGCCGUAUGCAUAAUGGGCUUGCAAGUAAAGAAGAUUUCCCGUAUGUAACCUACAUUUGCCCACACUGCCAUGCUGUAAAUGGGCCAAGGAUCCAACAAGAACAUGCUGUAAAUGCUUUUGGCACUGAUACUCCUAACAUGGGUUCGGCAGUUUCAGUAGACAAUGGCUGUAUUACCAGCAGUGUUGAUUCUCCACAUGAAAACAUGGUUGACCACUUUAAUGCUGAAGUUGCUCCUACACCUGCUACAAUUGGCGAGAAGACUGAAGUACCAGCAGAAGGUAAUGAAAGUUGAAGACAUGGAUUGUUUUCUUUUUGUUUAUGGAUGAGAAAACAUUUCCUGGUUGUUAGACUGGUUCAUUUUCCGAGGCAAGGGUUGAUAGGUCUGCUGGUUACGAAUCUGUCUAUAGUUUGGGGAUUUGUGAAAUCUGAUUGUGGUUGUACUAUUUGUACGCAUAAAAAUGUAGGAUGUUUAUGACUGCAAUCAAGGUUUCUAGCCAUUUUACUUGGCCAUCCACUAUAGGCCAGGAAACUGAAGUUUUCAAUGUAUCUAAGAGAGCAUAAUGAUUACAUGAAAAUUAAGGAAAUUUUGUAUCACGUCAGCUGCAUCCUGUAUCAUGACAUUUGGAAAAGCAUCAUGUAUGAAUGACUUUUUGUAUCAA